AUGUCUGCGCAGUCUCUCUCGUGCCGUUCCUGCCUCGUAUGCCGCCAAUCCACAAAUAUGUGGUGCAGUCGAUGCCAAAGGGCUUGGUACUGCUCACCUGAACAUCUUCAGAGCGAUUGGCCACGCCAUCGUCUUGAAUGUGUAUCGAUAGACCCCAGCCAAGCCCAUUCGAUCUCCACGCCACCCUCCGCGCAGCAAGGCCUCAUUUCCGUCAUGGCCAUCUUGUUCGCACCCGAAGAAGAUCGCUCUCGAAUGAUUACCGUGCCAUGCCGCCCGCAAGGCACGGCUUCCCAGGGAAUAUGCCCGUUGCCGCUCGUGCACGACUACUUCAAAGAAGGCACUCCGAAUACCAUCAUUCUCACACAGGGUCUCAACGGCGAACCGCUGCGUUUCCCACUGCACAUUUGGUACUGUCCCAAAGCUCUUCAACGUGGCUCGCCUGUCAACCGCGCCAUUCACCGCAUCACGUCCGGUGCCGCCGCAAAGCCAUGGUGUGGUACCGCGAUUGUCCUCAAGUUCAACGGUUCGCGGAGACAGGGUUAUGCUGAUGCCGGCACGAAUGAUCUAGCCGCGUUAUCCGCUUAUUUCCUCGCUUACAAGUGA